AUGGGUACUGUUACUAGCAAACCUGACGCCAUGGCCCCUGGGACUACUCCUCACCUACGAGCUUUCCAAAUGUUGGUCGUGAAAAUCUCCGAUGUUUUAAACAUGGCUAGUGUCAUGGUUUAUGAGGAGUUGCAGAAGGCAUCACUGCUGCAUGCACACCAACUGGGAUGGUUUACAGUUUUUGUCUCGCACCAGUGGCUGGGCUUACAUCAUCCAGAUCGCGCUGCAGCUCAAUUCAAGGUGUUGCAGAACGCUCUGCAGGGUGCGAUUGACGGGAGUGUGAAAGUGCAGUCUGACACAGUCACAGAGUUCAUGAAAGCCUAUCGCUUUUUGUCGCCCAGGGAGCGCAAUCUGUUGCGUGACGGCUACAUGUGGAUGGACUGGUUCUGUAUCCCACAGGACCCGGCCUGCAGAGAUCAACUGAACCUGGCGGUGGAGUCCAUCCCCUCCUACAUCGACUGCUGUGAGCUUUUCGUGGUCCUCGUCCCACCUUUACGUCAUGAGACAGGCCGGCUUUGCAAUUUUGAGUCCUGGCUUCAGCGAGGCUGGUGUCGGGCAGAGCUCUGGUGCAAUCGACUGUGUACCAACGCCAACUUGGGCGUGAUCGUCGUGCAAGGUGCCGCUGAUGCUACAUUCUUGGCCCCCCAAGAUUGGAUUCACCGGCCAGUUCACACGGGAGACUUCACUGUCGACUCUGACCGGCAAAAGGUGAUGCGGAUGCUUCGCGAGGCUAUGGACGUGUAUAUUACUCACCUCCGCCAGUGCAAGAUGCAUGACCUCUUGCGGUUCUACACCGCAAGGUACCACGACCUACUAGGUCUUCCACGUGCCGAGCGGUCUCCGGAGGAGUUUCUCGCAUCUUUCGGCUUCAGGACUAUGGAAGAGGCGAUCAAGUCUGCAGGUAUGACGGCCUUGGGUUGCGCAGCCAUGGCUGGUGACAGAUCCAUAGUUCGCAUGCUGCUAGAGGCCAAAGCGCAGCUGUCAAAGAGACACCCGAAUCUGCAGGAAGUGGACCAAUUUCCAGGUCAGACUCCCCUUCAUUUUGCCGUGCUCCGCGGCAUCGGAUCCGCCGAUGUGAUCACGGAACUCCUUCGAUCGCGAGCUGACCCAAACGUCACCUGCAGCAUUGGCAUGCCUGUGAUGUCCAAUUGCAAAGAUCCUGAAACUGUCGAACUCCUUGUGAGCCACCGGGCCGAUGUGAACCAUCGAAGUGGACUGAUUCGCAACACUGCACUGGCGGUGUGCUGUUGUAAGCUGGCGCCUGUGCCAGUGGUGGCCAAACUGCUCGAGUUGAGAGCGGAUCCGAACCUGAGCCAAGGAGGAGAGUCGACUACGCCGUUGAUGGCUAUGUCCAUCUACACAAAAGGUCAGUCACAAUAUGCGGUGGAAGUUGCCGGCCUUCUUGUUCGCGCUCGUGCGGAUGUAAAUCAAGCACAGCGUGCUUCAGGAGUGUGGCGUUUCGCGGAGUUGAUUUGUCGGGCAUCCCAGUGUCUUGGAAAAGACUCUGCGCUGGUCCGCUAUUUUGCAGAGAACAGCUCAACACCCCUGGGCAUCGCUGGCUACUAUGCGAACGAGCCCAUGGUCUCGUUUUUGCUUUCGGCCCGAGCCGAUGUGAAUCAUCGGAACCACCGGGGUCACACCCCACUGAUGCUGGCGGCGAAGGGACAUACUAGCCACCUCUUUGUUCCAGAGCCAUCAUCCUCCGAAAAGGAGCAGGGUCUGGCUAGCACUGAAGAUGAGGAGAUGUUCUCAAGGACUUUUUAA